UUUUCCAGAUCAAAAAACGUAAAUAUUCGUUUCUCUAUAUUAACCAGACGGUGAUAUAGCUGCAAACGCACAACCCUAACGAAGUAAAGUAACCUUAGAGCUUAUCUUCAUUCUCUGUCUUCUCUUCGAUAAGAGCCUCUGUUGAAAUCACAUCCAAAUUGAAGCUGAAAAUCCUCCAAUUCUUCGAUUCAUACCCCAUUUGUUAUCAACCAUUUUCUUCAAUUCCAUCAACGGCACAUAUCGGCAAUCGUUUUCACCGUCAAAUCGCGUGUUUUUUGCGAGUUUCAGAAUCCGGUUUCAAUCUUUCCUCAAUCUCCAUGGAGACUAAGGACUCAAGUUCAAAACCCAGAUCGAUAUCUGGGAGACCCACCAGAAAAUCCGGUCCUCCACAGACAAGAAUCGUGAUCGAGAACAUCUAUGAGAGCAAAGCCGAGCCCAACGAUAGCGCGGCGGUUCAGAUGAGCCUUUUGUUCUUCACGACGACUCGUCCCUUGUGGGUCCGAGUCUCAAGGAUCGCCAUUGCCCAUUUCAACAGCCUAGCUCACGGUGGGUCCCGCGCCCGUCCCUUCCACGAUAGAGAGAUACUCUCGAAUUCCGAGGCUUGGUUUGUGAAGGUCGUUUGUACUCUCUUUGUUCGUUCUCAUUCCUUGGAUUGUUUUAGUAACAACUUGAACCCUUCGACUGCGUUUGAGGUCAUUAGACGGUUGAACAGUCCCACUUUGGGUUUGAAGUUCUUUGCGCUGAGUAGGGUCAAUUUGAACGUCAAUCAUACUUUGAGCAGUUACAAUUAUCUCAUGAGGUCGCUCUGUCAAAUGGGUCUCCAUGAUUCGGCGAAAUUCGUGUUUGACUGCUUCAAGAGUGAUGGCCAUUUGCCCGAUAGCUCGAUUGUAGAGUUUUUGCUUUGUUCACAUGCACAGGUGGGAAGGUUAGACCUUGUAGAAAAACUGCUCGACGAGCUUCGGCGUGAUGGGAUCAUAGUGAGUUCGAUCGUUUACAAUAAUUUGUUGAAUGUGUUGGUCAAGCAGAAUAAAGUUUGUGAGGCUGUUUGCUUGUUUAGAAAACAUAUGAAUUCGCGUUUUCGUCCGAGUACUUGGACUUUCAACAUUCUCAUUCAAGGUUUGUGCGGAAUAAGGGAUGUCUAUACGGCUUUUGAAUUUCUCAAUGAGAUGGGUAAGUUGGGGUGUUCCCCGGACAUUGUUACGUACAACACACUGAUAAGUGGGUUGUGCAAGACUAAUGAUGUUGAUAGAGGUUGCAAUUUAUUGAGGGAAUUACAGUCAAGAAGUGAGCUUUCACCAGAUGCUGUAACCUUUACGUCGGUUAUAUCUGGUUAUUGCAAGUUGGGUAGGAUGUCGGAGGCCUCUUCCCUCUUUGCUGAGAUGAUAAAUUCUGGAAUCAAACCUGCUGCAGCCACAUUUAAUGCUCUCAUUGAUGGACAUGCUAAGGCUGGUGAUAUGGCUUCCGCAGUUUGUUUGUUUAGAAGAAAUAUGACUCUGCAUUUUCAACCGGAUACUUGGACUUUCAACAUUCUAAUUCGAGGUCUGUGUGGAGUAGGAAAAGUCCAUACAGCUUUUGAGUUUUUUAAGGAUAUGGGGAAGUUCGGUUGUUCUCCAGAUGUUAUCACAUAUAACACGCUAAUAAGUGGCUUGUGUAGGAAUAAUGAGGUUGAUAGAGGCUUUGAUUUACUAAGGGAAGUUCAGUCCAAAAGUAAACUGUCACCCGAUGUUGUAACUUUUACAUCGGUUAUAUCUGGUUAUUGUAAGUUGGGUCAGAUGAAGGAGGCCUCUUUCCUUUUUGAUGAGAUGAUAAAUUUUGGAAUUAAACCAAAUACAUUCACUUUUAAUGCUCUUAUUGAUGGAUUCGGCAAGGCCGGUGACAUGGCUUCAGCGAUUACCUUCUUUGCUAAGAUGCUCUUUCAUGGUUAUCAUCCUGAUGUUGUCAGCUUCACUUCUCUAAUUGAUGGCUAUUGUCGCGUUGGGAAUCUGAACCAGGGUCUGAAGCUUUGGCGUGAGAUGAAUGAAAGAAGUGUACGUCCAAAUGGUUAUACUUUCUCUGUUCUUAUCCAUGCGCUGUGCAGGAAUAAUAGACUACACGAAGCUCGUGAUUUUCUGAAGCAGUUAAGUUGUACUAACAUUAUUCCAGAACCUUUUAUAUAUAACCCUAUAGUUGAUGGAUUUUGCAAGGCGGGAAAUGUUGAUGAGGCAAACAUGAUUGUGGCAGGGAUGGAGGGAAAGGGAUGCAAACCGGACAAAGUGACAUUUACCAUUCUUAUAAUUGGGAAUUGUAUGAAAGGGAGAAUGUUAGAGGCAAUCGGUGUUUUUAACAAGAUGAAGGCAGUUGGUUGUGCGCCGGAGAGCAGAACUGCCAAUUGUUUGAUAUCUUGUCUCUUGAAGGCUGGGAUGCCUAAUGAAGCAUUUUCCAUUAAGAAAAGUGCAAUCGAGGAUCUAAAUUUGGGUACUGUAUGUUUGAGAAGUGACCAUUUAAGUACAAAUGCUGGUAUUCCGAUGGCUGUGUAAUUAUUUGAAUGGCUGUGCAAAAGAACACCGGUUGAUCCUGUCUCACCAAGUGCAAAGCGUCCGUUUGGUGGCAGUCAAGAACCAGAUGAAAUUAAUAAUACUUUCAGUAGUGUGCGUCUGGAUUCUUGUUACCAUAGAGGCGUGUGGCAGACUUCAUCUUGGAGUUGAUAUGACAAAGUUCAUUAGGCUUCGUUCAGUUCACUGAUUUGAGUAUAACUCGAGUUGAAAUGUGACUUGUGAGAGUUUUUAACUGUAA